GAGUAGAUAACACCAGUUGAUCCCCUGCAGCUGCUGCUUUGGCCGCCAGGUAGUUGCUCUGGACGAACGAGUUAGUGACAGCGCUGCACCAUGCUCCGAGCUGUGCUGGGAAACCUGUGCUCUAAAUCGCCUUUCGGGGUGCAGAUCAGCAGAUUCUCCGCUGCCGCCAUCCCUGCCCCCAACCCUAAGCCAGAUGUGCAAUAUAACCAGCUGUUCAUAAACAACGAAUGGCAAGAUGCAGUCGGCAAGAAGACCUUCCCCACUAUUAACCCUUCCACUGGAGAGGUCAUCUGCCAUGUUGCAGAGGGUGAAAAGGCUGAUGUUGACAAGGCGGUGAAAGCGGCAAGAGAUGCUUUUAAGCUGGGAUCACCAUGGAGGAGAAUUGAUGCCUCUCAUAGGGGUGUCUUGCUUAAUAGACUGGCUGACCUUAUUGAGCGGGACAGGACUAUUCUGGCUAAUCUAGAAACCCUGGACAAUGGAAAGCCCUAUACAAUUUCCUAUGCAGUGGAUCUGGAUCUUGUAAUAAAAUGUUUGAGAUAUUACGCUGGAUGGGCGGAUAAGUGGCAUGGAAAAACCAUCCCAAUCGAUGGAGAUUACUUUACUUACACAAGGCAUGAACCAGUUGGCGUCUGUGCACAGAUUAUACCGUGGAACUUCCCUCUUCUGAUGUUGGCAUGGAAGUUUGGUCCUGCCCUGGCUACUGGAAAUGUGAUUGUUAUGAAGGUGGCUGAACAGACACCUCUCACCGCCCUGCAUAUUGCCAGCUUGGUGAAAGAGGCUGGCUUCCCACCAGGCGUUGUUAAUAUCAUUACUGGAAUGGGUCCCACAGCAGGUGCUGCCCUCUCUUCUCACAUGGAUGUGGAUAAAGUUGCUUUCACUGGUUCUACAGAGGUGGGCAGAUUAAUCCAACAGGCAGCUGGCAAAAGUAACUUGAAGAAAGUCACUCUGGAACUUGGUGGAAAGAGCCCUAACAUCAUACUUUCUGAUGCUGACUUGGACUGGGCAGUGGAGCAGGCCCAUUUUGCUCUGUUCUUUAACCAAGGACAGUGCUGCUGUGCUGGCUCCCGCACCUAUGUUCAGGAAGAUAUCUACAACCAAUUUGUGGAGAAAAGUGUUCACCGAGCCAAGAGCAGAAUUGUUGGAAACCCCUUUGACUUCAAAACUGAGCAAGGACCUCAGGUGGACGAGGAGCAGUAUAAAAAGAUCCUGGGCUACAUCAAAUCUGGGAAACAAGAGGGCGCCAAGUUGUUGUGUGGUGGAAAUCCUGCUGCUGACCGUGGUUACUUUAUUCAGCCCACAGUGUUUGGAGAUGUGACUGACAACAUGACCAUUGCUAGAGAGGAGAUCUUUGGACCAGUGAUGCAGAUUUUAAAAUUCAAGACAAUUGAGGAUGUUAUUGAGAGAGCCAACAGCUCAAUGUAUGGUCUGGCAGCUGCUGUUUUUACAAAGGAUAUUGAUAAAGCAAACUACGUGUCCCAAGCACUGCGGGCUGGAACAGUUUGGAUCAACUGUUAUGAUGUCUUUGGAGCUCAAGCACCAUUUGGGGGCUACAAAGCCUCCGGCACAGGGAGAGAACUGGGAGAAUAUGGAUUAGAGGCGUACACAGAAGUGAAAAAUGUGACCAUUAAAAUUCCACAGAAGAAUUCGUAAAAGACUCCAGGACUCUGAAGGUUCUCAUUGAUUUUCAAGUUUUAGAACUUAGGAAUGUGACGUUGACGAAGACUUCUUUCAGCUCUGUCUUUUAUUAAAAGUUAAACACUUUUUUCUGCAAUUGCUGGCUUUACUAGAAUAAUCUAUUCCUGUCAUGCUUGCACUUAAGUUAAGUUAAAUAAAGCCUUGUGUUAGAUUGCCAUCCAUUUUUAGUAGUUUGCUUGGGUGUCCUUUACAAACUCAUGGCAAUAUACUGAAAUACAAAGCUAGUAGGCUGUCAUAAUCUUUUAUACAAGUUGGCACAUUUCUUGUAAUUCACUACAGUCUUUGUACCUUCCUGUUACAAUAAAGUUAGUUUCAUAACA